AUGUUGGGACUUGCUACUCUCGCCCUUGCAUCCACUGCCUUUGCUAUCCCGAACACCCUCCCCAAGUCAACGCCUCGGUAUCAAUAUGUCAUAGUNGGNGGAGGCACUUCGGGUCUUGUUCUUGCCAACCGAUUGAGCGAAGACCCUACGGUUUCGGUCGCAAUCAUUGAGGCAGGUGAUCAAGUGUUUAACAACACGAACGUCACAAGUGCCUCUGGAUACGGCAAAGCCUUUGGCACACAGAUUGACUGGGCUUAUGAGAGUGAAGCUCAGGUCUACGUUGGCAACAAGACUCAGAUCUUAAGAGCUGGCAAAGCGCUGGGAGGUACCAGUACGAUUAAUGGUAUGACUUACAUGCGUGCCGAGAGCAGCCAGAUCGACAGCUGGAAAAAGGUUGGCAACAACGUCUCUUGGGACUCGCUGUUGCCGUACUACAAGAAGAGCGAGUACUUUGAGUACCCUACCGAGGCUCAGCUCUCCAUGGGAGCAUCCUAUCUGCCUGGAUACCACGGUACCGAAGGGCCUCUUUCCGUCAGCUGGCCCACUGAGAUGGUCGGCAACAACUUCUCGGCCACUUUGAAUGCUACGUUCAAGGCCAUGGACCUACCUUGGAAUGGAGAAGCAAACAGCGGAUACAUGCGUGGAUACAACGUCUUCCCCAAGACCUUUGACCGAUCGCUGGAUCUCCGUGAGGAUGCUGCUCGUGCUUACUACUAUCCUUUCGCCAACAGACCCAACCUCGACGUCUAUCUCAACUCUUUUGCCCAACAUAUGACAUGGUCCAACGACAACUCCUCGGUCCCAUUCGCCAAUGGUGUUAUCUUCACCGACAAGUCAGGCACGGAACGAAGUCUGCUGGCCACCAAGGAAGUUAUUCUGUCUGCCGGAUCUUUGAGAUCGCCGCUUUUGCUUGAGCUUUCUGGUGUCGGCAACCCCAAGUGA